AUGGCAUAUCCUCAGCACCCUGCCCAACGCGCGCCUCCUAUGCGGCAGUACGACGCCCAAAGCCCAGUAUCGCCGGUCUCAAGUCGUGGGUAUGCGCCCGACUUCGGUUCAAAUAGCGGAUAUACGGAUAGACCUGGAGCACCUGCGGGCUACGAAGCGCGCCGUGGUAGCGACCGCAGCGCAGGAGGAUACACUGAUCAAGCCCACAGUUACCAGGCUGGUCCCGCGGGGGCCCCGCCGUAUGGCUCGUCGCAACAACCACGCUCGGUGCGCCCGCCCCCGGGACCAGGUUCACCUGAGGCUCGUCGACCUCCGAUGGGUUACAAUGACCGAAGGGGCUAUCCUGGGGAUCGGCCCCAAGGAACGAGCCGGUCUCGAACUCCUGGAGCCCGGCCACCACCCUCGGCAGGAAACUUUGAUAGCCCAUUUCCUGCGGUGCCAAGUAGUCGAGAUCCCCGAGACCGACGCGGGCCUCCCUCUCGAGAGGCAAGCGGCAUCGAGAAUGGCAUGGCGGCCAUGGAUAUCAACGGCCAAGGUCUUCCUCCAAGACCACACACAUCCAAUUCCAACCGACGACGGCCGGACAUGAGGCAGCCACCCCCACGGGGCCCUCCGCAUAAUUCAGGGCGCGGAGGCUAUCCCCCGGGUCCAGCUCGUGCAGCUAGCUCCGGGCGAGAUGAUCGCUACAAUCGACCUUAUCAGGAUCCCAUGGGGCCUCCCCCACCAAGCCGAAGUGCGACUAUGCCAUCCCAUAUGGUUGCUCCAAAUUAUCCCGGCCAGCCUUCUUACAGGGAGCCGGAUUUCACAGUCGCUCCUGUGAGCGAGGUGCCGCCACCGCGGCCAAACACGGCAGGGGGAUGA